GGUCAGUCGCAGUCGGCGCCCUUUUUAAAACACUUGGCGCGGAAAACAAGCUGUCCGUAGUACUAGUUUUUACCGUGUAACGUCUAUCAUUUAUUAUAUGCGUGAGGGAAACAACGGAUUAUGGUGCAUGUGAAUCCUACCUUCGUCACAUGAGAAGCUGAACUGUUGGACUGGAUGCUAGCUGUGUACAAGGUGGGGUGGCAGUAGUGGUCAUGGAGAUGGCAUUGCUAAUGGUGCUUUGUAUCAAAACAGAACUUGGACUGCUGCCACAAGAGUAGAUAUUAAAAAAUGAGCACCACCGCAGAGAGGAAGUUCCUCAGUCUGAGGAGACGUCUGGAUCAGUUGGGGUACCGUCAGCCACUGGGCAUCGAGACGUUACCACUGGUCGAACAACUAUUUAGUGAUAUGAUACACACAACCGAGAGUUUGCGCAAUGCCAAACUUUCUGCUGGGAAAACUGAAAAAGAAGGCAGAAACUUUGACGCUUUACUGGAACCAUACAAGACCGACAAUGCCCGGGUGGUCAAGGAGAACAACGAGCUGCACCUCGCCCUUCUCAGGUUAAAAGAGGACAAGGACCGUGUUUUUAGAGAGCUCAAGUCACAUGUCCGAAAACAGGAGAACGACACCACUGACCUGAAGUUCCUAAACAACCAGUACGUGCAAAAGGUGCGCUGCCUGGAGAAGGACAGUAAGACCAAGUCGGAACGCAUUCAGCAGCUACAAGAGAAGAACAUGCAAGCUGUGGUACAGACACCAGGAACAGAUUUGUUCCAUUUGAUAGGUGGGAAGAAGCGCAGCAUCCCUUUCAGACGCCAGAGAAUGCAGAUAGACGAGCUCACACCUCCGCCUGCCACCUCUGCAUAUCCCGUGCCACAGCCAGACGAUCCCUACAUCGCUGACCUGCUGCAGAUGGCAGACAUGAGGAUUCAGGAGCUCCAGGAAGAAAUCAUGAUGGUCAAACUGGAUCUGGAAAAGUCCCAGGACUGUAUGGAGCAGCUGAACCAGCAGAUACAAGGGAGUGAUAAAGAGGUUCAGCGUCUGAACCACGCCCUUAGCGGGGGACGCCCUCACGAUGUCAUCUCCCUAGAGGCCCAGAAUGUCAGCAAUGAGAAAAUGAUUGCCCACCUCAACCUGCAGAUAGAGUACCUGCAGGCGGCCAACAGCUCCAUGGAGCAGAAGGUGGAGGCAGCGCAGCAGAGGAAGCAGGACGCCUCCAGCGAGUUUGCCGACCUGUCGGUGAAGAACCAUGAGCUGUGCCAGGAGCUCAGCCACAUCGACCACCUGGCCAAGCAGCUGGAGAUGGACAAGGAGCUGGCUCUGCAGAAGGCCCACCAGGAGCUGCAGGAGGCCCAGAAGGAAAUUCAGAGGCAUCAGAACACCAUCGAAGACCUCAAGAAUGUCAUCCAAACAAUUAGAAGGGAUCAGUCUGACGGGGACUAUGAAAGGAACCGUCUGAGUGACCAGCUGGUAGAAGUACAGCAGCAGAGAGACCAGCUGGAGGGUCUGGGGAACUUCAUGGAGCAAGACAAAGCCAGGCUUCAGGACAAAUUAGAGAAAAUGACAGCAAACGACAGAGAGCUAGUGCUGGAACUGGAGACCAUGCGCGCCAAGCACGGCAUCUGCAGGAAGGAGCGCUCUCCGUCCCGCCUGGACGCCUUCGUCAGGAGCUUAGAGGAAGAGAGAGACCACUACCGGAAGGUGGCAGAGCACUAUAAGAGGGUCCGCCGACCAGAAAGCCUGAGCCUCAGCCCCAUCCGGAGCCCAGGCCAGGAGUCAAGCCCCAACUCCAGGAGGCGAAGGAGCCCUGGGGAGGCAGAGUUAGUGCGCGUUGCGAAGGAGCGAGACGAUCUGAAGAGCAUUCUUCUGGGAAUCGAGCGGCACAUGGAGGACAUCCAGACGGACGUACAGGCUCUCCGUGUAGAAAGAGACCAGCUCAAGGCUCAACUCAAGCAGCAGCAGGAGGAGCUAGGGAUAGGCCGUAGCGCUGUGGGGGCUCCUGAUGAAAUCUCGCGGCUAAGGAAGGAGAGGGAAAAGGCAGACUCUGAGCUCCAGCUGGUCACCUCAGAGAGAGACGUCCUCAUGGAACGCUUUAAGGUUUCCCAGAGUGCAACUCUGACAGAGAGACGGCAGGAUGAAAGGAGGAUUGAAGAGCUCGAGAAUAACAUCAAGAGUUUGGAGCAGGAGCGGCGGGAGCUGCGUUCUCAGCUGCUGGUUUUGAAGGAGAAUAGGGAGGCGGAGGAGGAGGAGCUCCAGACACGCUCAAGAGCUCUGGUCCACACUGCAGAGGAGCUGGCCCAACACAGGGCUGAGAGCAGCAAUCUCAGGCUGCUGCAGGAGCAGAUGGAGCACUUGCUGUCCGACGUCCAACGAAGACUGUCGGUCAAAACCAAUGAGCUCCAUGCAACCCAGAUGCACAUCACACAACUGGAGGAGAGACUAGGGGCGCUGAGUGGCGUGGGCUCCUCCCACAAGGAGGAGGUGGCUGCUCUUCACAAGUCCAUCACCGCCUUGGACCAGGAGAAGGACACCCUGCAGGACGAGGUAGACCUCAAGACCGAGAGGCUGGUGAAGCUCCAGGAGGAGCUGGCCAGGAAGGAAGAGCCCCUGGAUGAUCUCAGAAUCACAGUCACAAACAUGGACAACUCUCUAAGGCAGCUGAAGGGCUGUGUGGGCAGUCGGGACAGGGAAUUAGCCAGCCUGAGGAGACAGCUGGACUCAGCUCAGGGGGAGGUGGUUGAGCACGGCCGAGCCAAGGACAUGGUGGUCCGGGAGAACCGGAGGCUGCAGGAGGACCUGGCCACCUUGACCCGGGAGAACCAGACCUUGCACGCGGAGAUGGAGGAGGCCAUGCACGAGAAAGAUGAGCUCAAGUCCAGAGUUCUCUCUUACAUCUCUGAGGUGGCCAGAAUCGAGAAACUGAUUACUACCAAGGAGCAGGAGAGCCAGGAUUUGCUAGAGCGGUUCCGCCUGGCACACACAACGCUGGAGGAGCGGGAUCAGAAGCUCCAGCAGGCCCAAGGCUUAACCAGCUCCAUCCGGCUGGAGCUGCUCUCCUCCGACACAGAGCGCAGACACCUCCGCCAGACCAUCAGCCACCAGGAAACAGAGAUCCAGCAGCACAUGCACGCCCUGCAGGCCUACGAUGCCCAGGUGUCCUCGCUGGCCCGAGGCAUGGCCCGCCUGGAGGAGGACCUGAAGGGGGCGCAGGAGGAGAAGGCAGCCCUGCUCUCGGACCUGGCCUCCGUCAGGGAGCUCUGUGUCAAGCUGGACUCUGGCAAAGAGCUGACGGCCUGCCACCUCACCUCCAAAAGCAUGGAGCUGGAGCGGCUGACCGGAGAGCUUGAUGAUGUUCGCUCAGAGGGUGAGCUCCUGAAGAAGCAGCUUGCCAGCGAACGGCAAACGGCCCACAACCUGGAGGCUCUACUCUCCAACAAUCGGCAGAAGGAGUUCCAGAGCCACCUGAGUGCCAGUGAGAAAGAGUCUGAGUUGAGGGUGCUGCGAGAACGCCUGGCACUGGCCGACAGCAAGACUGCAGGACAUGCCAGGGAGGUAUCUCAGCUCCGAGGGAGAGUGUCUCAGCUUCAGACAGAGAUGGACAUCCUCAAAAGACAGUUGACUACAGAGCGCUUUGAACGCGAGAGGGCUGUUCAGGAGAUGCGCAGACAGGGAGUUUCUUUCUCGUCGCUGCGUAGCUCCUCCCCCCUCAGCCCACAGCCCCCCUCCCCCGAGCACUCCAUCCUUCGAACCCCAGACCGCUCUGCUGAGAAGCUGCCAGAGAAAAGUGUGAGCUUUAAGGCGUAGCAGCCAAGCCAAGCAGACAAGAAAAAAAAAGAUAAAAGAUUUCCCUGGAAUUUCUCUUUCCCUGAGACACUGCUAUGCAACCCAGCAUACACACCAGACUGGCUUCAGGAUUCAACUGCAGAAGCAUCCUGGUAACCUUAGGUCCUCCUUCUGCAUUAAGUUCCAUCCACCAAAAUUGAAAUCAUGAUAUUUCAUGUAACAAAAUGAUUGUGCAUAAUUUUUCAUGAAUUAUCUCACCAAAUUUUUUACAUGACCUGCCAAGUGUUUUUCUUCAACGUUUGCUAUGAUGUAUUAUUUAUUGUGUAUGUGUAUGAUAAAAUAUUUAAUUAUUACUGAAUAAAAAGAUGAACUGGCAUCCCCCUGCUGCUA